CCGGGCUAGGCCCCGGGCGGCUCCAGGCCUGGGCGGCCCGCGGAGGGCUGGGCCCGGCCCCUGGCUUCGGUUUCGGCUCCCGGGCCGGCGGGCGUCCGCUAACCAUGCCCGGCAAGCACCAGCACUUCCAGGACCCCGAGGUCGGCUGCUGCGGGAAAUACUUCCUGUUUGGCUUCAACAUUGUCUUCUGGGUGCUGGGAGCCCUGUUUCUGGCCAUCGGCCUCUGGGCCUGGGGUGAGAAGGGUGUCCUCUCCAACAUCUCGGCGCUGACGGACCUGGGUGGCCUGGACCCCGUGUGGCUGUUUGUGGUGGUUGGAGGUGUGAUGUCGGUGCUGGGCUUCGCUGGCUGUAUCGGGGCCCUGCGGGAGAACACCUUCCUCCUCAAGUUUUUCUCCGUGUUCCUCGGCCUCAUCUUUUUCCUGGAGCUGGCGACGGGGAUCCUGGCCUUCGUCUUCAAGGACUGGAUCCGAGACCAGCUCAACCUCUUCAUCAACAACAACGUCAAGGCCUACCGCGAUGACAUUGACCUCCAGAACCUCAUCGACUUUGCUCAGGAAUAUUGGUCUUGCUGCGGAGCCCGCGGGCCCAACGACUGGAACCUCAACAUCUACUUCAACUGCACUGACUUGAACCCGAGCCGGGAGCGCUGUGGGGUGCCCUUCUCCUGCUGUGUGCGGGACCCUGCGGAAGAUGUCCUCAACACCCAGUGUGGCUAUGACGUCCGGCUCAAACUGGAGUUGGAGCAGCAGGGCUCCAUCCACACCAAGGGCUGCGUGGGCCAGUUUGAGAAGUGGCUGCAGGACAACCUGAUUGUCGUGGCCGGGGUCUUCGUGGGCGUUGCCCUCCUCCAGAUCUUUGGCAUCUGCCUGGCCCAGAACCUCGUGAGUGACAUCAAGGCAGUGAAAGCCAACUGGUGAGGCCGCCGUGGGCCAUGAGCGCACGCCUGGCCUGCCCAGGCCGCUGGAUCAAACGUGAUGAUGGCUACAAACUCCUCCAGUAAACGCUGCUUUGAACACUGCUGGCUUCCACUGGCCGCCUCCGAGGUCCCUCGGCUGCUGGGCUUUGCUGGAACUGCGGCCGGGACCCUGGCCUGGACCCAGCCUCCCGGCGGCUUGGCCGCAGCCCGGAGGUUUAUUCCAGCCGUCAGAAAUUGGGGUCUUUCACAUAAAAGCCCAGCUCCCCGGCUUCUCCGUAGAACCACGACCUGGCCCCAUCUCCCUGAGGGCCUGCCCAGCCUUCCUGCUCACCUAAGUGCCCUGCCCGACCCCGUAGGCUGGGAGUUGGCCUCCCCGCCUCUGUAGGUUAUGUCUGCCAAGCCCUGAGCUGAGCGAGGCCCCAGAGCGUGGGGAAUGGGGAGGUGGGACCCUGCUGGGACAACAGCGUCCGGCCCUGCGGGACCGAGGUGGGUGCCAGUGUCCAGCGGAGCGGCCAAGGACUUGCAAGAGGAGUUAGAAGAUUUCACCCAGGAAGCUGCUAGAAGCUCAGGGUGUGGCCCCUGCAGGGAGGGAGGGGAACUGUCGGCCACAGACGGUUGACUCCCAGAAAAAGUUGAAAGUCGUCCCUACAGCCUGCAGAGCUACCUCCUGGCCGGCAGAGGGCGCCGGCACAGCGCCACCGGCCUGGCUGCUUGCUUCCCGCCGCUUGCCCGCUCUGCGCCGCCGCCUCCUGUGCGCACCCUGCUUGCUAGCGCUUCAAGUUCAGGGAGUCUGGACACUUGGACAGGAGCGAACGGUCCUGGGCGUGGGAAGCCUGGCCGCUGUCCGCAGCGCUGGCUCUUAGCAGCUGCAUGGAGCGGGCAGUGGCCUUGCCCCACCCCCUUCCGGGCUGCGGGUAAAAGAAGGAGUUGGGGUCCCGCCGGCGCCGGUCGGCCGUGCAUGGGGAGCCGCUGUUACUGGAGAUGUGGCGUUGUGACGGGAGGAAUGUUCGCACAACCUAAGGGAUGCUGGCGACUUGCCUGGGAGCGCGGGAAGGUGUGGUGGGGACUGUGGCAAGGCCCAGGUUCCCAUCGGAAGGUGGCUGUGACGGAGGUCUAGGCAGAAAUCCGGAGAGGCCAGAGAUACGGAUUUUUAUGUGCGCGGUCUUGAUUUUUUUUUUUUUUUUCAGUUCUUGGCAAUGAGUUAAAUCGAGCCAAACAAAAGGCACUUUUUUGCCCAGCAGUGGCCCCUGUGCCACUGAAGUUUCCUCGGGGACAGUCAUCCACCAGGGCCCUGGCCGCGCUGCUGUUCAGGGAUGCUGGGAGCUGCCGGCGGGGGUGGGGGUGGGGGCCUGUGCCCAGCAGUGUGGCUCCAUGGUGCCCACGGGGAAUGUCCUGGGGGCCCUGGCCGUGGGUGGCUUGUGUACGCUACAAUAAACGCCGCUCACAGUC